AUGGACUGCAAAACAAUUGGCACAUUGACUACAGGAGAAAUUGACUGUAAUGACCUCAGAAAUAACCUUAUUAUCAACAAGGAUAAACCUGCCAUCAUCAAUCUUACUAUAGGAACGACUUUCAAAGGAGGUAUCGACAACCUUGAUCUUGUCUUGGAAACGUUAGAAGAAUGUGGGUUCUCGAAAGAUCGAUUUUAUAUACAUUGCGAUGCAGCAUUAUACGGCCUCAUUUCCCCUUUCGCUGAGAAGGAUCCGAUGUUUAGCUUCAACAAACCUAUUGGAAGCGUAAGUGUAUCGGCCCACAAGCUAUUAGGUUCCCCAAUGCCUUGUGGCGUUCUAAUCGCUAGGAAAAAGUACACGAAAGCCGUCACAGCAAGUAUCGAGUGUAUUUCCACUCUGGAUAACACGAUAUCAGGAAGCAGAAACGGACAUGCACCAAUCUUUAUGUGGUACACCAUAAGCAUGAAGGGCCAAUUAGGGAUUGAACGCGAAGUUAAGAAUUGCUUAACGAAAGCCCAAUACUUUAGAGAUCUGUUGAAAAACGCAGGGAUCAGUAACAUGCUAAACGAUAUGAGUAUUAUCGUCGUUUUCGAGCGUCCGUUGAAUCGUGAAAUAAUCGAACAUUGGCAAAUUGCGUGCGAAGGGAACUUGGCGCAUGUUGUUGUGAUGCCCCAUAUUACGACCAAAAUGUUAGACGAUUUCGUGGAGGAUCUUGUUCGGGAAAGAACAAUUUUGCGCGAAAUCGGCAAAAUCGAGCCUCCUUGCCUUGCAAAUGAUAUAGGGACUAGUAACUGUGCUUGCUUAAUACAUGGCUAG